AUGAUCCAGCCGGAGCUUCCAGAACCUCCUAACACUCCAGCCUCGCCAGCAUUUUCUUUUGCAUAUACCGUUCUCCAUUCUCUGGGAUCUGAAUUCGCAUCUCUGUUCUCAGCCAAGAAGGUCAAGAUGAUCGAAGAAGACGUGCAACACUUUUUCGGCGUGUACCAAAAGCUCUCUCAGCAGGCUCUGGAGGGCAAGGACAACCUCGACAAGUUGACGGAUCUCUUCGCGCCGCAAUUCAUCUACUCGUCGCCGUUCGGCGUAGAGAUUGGCGACAACCGAGACAACAUCACCCAUCUGAUCCGCUCUAAAAUCCAAGAAAUGCGCGGCAAAGGCCAGAAGCAGAUCGAGAUCGAUAGCAUGGAAGUCAUCAUCGUCGACGAGGUACACGCCAUGCCCAAGGUGACAUGGGAAGCCACAUACGACUUGAACGGCCGGACCGUGAAAGUCAAGUAUGUCAUCGGCUACAUGUUGAAGUAUCUCGACGGUGUCAUUAGGCUGUAUGGAUGGAUGGCGACGGGCGAUCAAGACGAUGCGCUAAGAAAGGUGGGGAUCAAGCAACAGAACAGGAUGAGUCUGUAA